AUGCUUUUUCCUACUGUCGCAGCUUGGCUGUUAUGUGCUGUUCAUGGCACAUUUGCGUGCGAACCUGACAAUCUGGAGCUCGUAGUGUCGGCAUUGAAGCCGCAACUAUCCAAAGAUGCCACCAUCACCUUUCCAUGGGACGCUCGUUGGAACGAUCUCCAAGUCCGUGGCUCUUCCCCACGCAUAUCUCCUGACUACAACGUGGUGGUCGAGGUAGCGACAGAGUCAGACGUGCAAACCACAAUCGCAUCGGCCAAUCAUUUCAAUAUCCCGUUCUUAGUCGUUACAGGGGGCCAUGGUUGGACCAAAACGCUUAACGAACUGACGUAUGGUAUUCAGAUCAACAUGCGGAAGCUAAACACUACGACACUCAAUCAAAAUGGCAAGACUGCGAUGGUCGGAGGCGGAACAUUGCAACAUGAGAUCACUCGCUCUUUGUUCGCCUUGGGCAAGUAUGCAGUUACCGGGCUUUCCGAAUGUGUGUCGGUAGCAGGGCCACUGUUAGGCGGCGGUCACAGUCUACUUCAGAACCAAUAUGGCUAUUCUCUAGAUGGUCUUGUUUCCGCGCGCGUGGUUCUUGCCAGCGGCAAAGUUGUAGAAGCCUCUCGGACGAAGAAUGCCGACCUGUUUUGGGCCUUGCAAGGAGCAGGCCAUAAUUUUGGCAUUCUGACGAGCCUUGAAGUAAAGACCUACGAUAUCCCUUCCAACUGGACCGUCUACUCACUCGUCUUCGCGACCGACAAAGUUGAGGCGCUGUUCAGUUUGAUCAACGAACUCGAAGAACCGGCUACGAAACGUCCUACUAAGCUAGCGCUCACAGGAGUGUUCGUGAGGAUACCUGCUGUCGAUCCUAUCAACCCUGUCGUAGCAUAUACUAUCGCAUACGAGGGCACGGAAGCGGAGGCUGAACCAUACGCCGCACGUUUCAAAGCGCUCGGUCCGGUCUCAACUACCGUCUCGACAAACGUCAACUAUGUAGAACUUUAUACGGUGACUGGAAAUAACCUCAAAAGUCAACCUUGUACGCGGAACGAGAAUAUCGCAGGAGCAGGCGUUUCACUGCCUGCUUGGGAUCUUGAAGGUGUUCGCAAAGCGUUUACGAUAUUCGGUAACAUCACAGCCGAUCCCCGCUUCAAUACUUCCAUCACCUUAAUGGAGAAUUACGGAAUGCAAGGUGUACGGGCUAUUGAAACAGCUUCCACUGCAAUGCCACCCGAGGAACGCGAUUAUCCGAUUCUCGCAUCUCCGGUGCUGUGGUGGGCUGGCGAUGACGCGCAGGCGACUAGAGAUGCAUAUGUAUAUACGCGUGCGAUGCGAGAUGCGCUGUAUACGGGCCUCUAUAAGAGCAACAAGAAGCGACACUGCUAUGUGAAUUAUGCUAACGGAGAAGAGAGCAAGCCGGAGAUGUAUGGAUACGAUGCCAGGCUUACGAAGUUAGCUAAGCUGAAGAGUGAAUGGGAUCCGAAGAACAGGUUCGGGUUUUAUAACCCGAUAGUGUAG